AUGGCUCUAUCGACAUCGGGCGCAGGACAGGGGAACGAUCCCAUUCAAAAGGCGAACUCAUCAAUCAAUACGGCAUCACUCGAGAUGGACGAACUCAAACUCGAUACUUCGAAAAGAAUAACAGACGGCGCUGGAACUUCAGGUCUACUCAACGAUAUAUCGAUUCCGGAAACUUCACCCAUAACAUCCGAUUAUUCAUCCUAUCCAUUCGCAUCUUCAGCUUUACCUACAGCGACAACAACAACCACAACAACAGCGACCACCACGAAGAACGAAAUGGUUCACCCUUCAAAUCAAAACGCGAGACAUGGAGAUCAAGGCUACACGUCUCAAGAACAAUUAACCGCGCCAACUACCACGAACGACUCAACCUCAUCAGCCCCUCUCACACCACCACCAGCAACCAUGACGAAAAGCGAAGGCAAAGCCCCUACAACCACAACCGCACCUGCCACCUCCUCCUCCUCCCCAGAUACCACCCCCCAACCAACACGAUCACGACUCGAUUCCGACGCCAUCGGACCCUCGACCGACAACCCCCCACCCGCACCCAGCAGCACACUCGACGCCGGGCCCACGCUCAUGAUUACGCUCCUCCUUACAUCUGGAGCGCGGCACCCCUAUAAGAUCGACGAGAAAUACUUGACCAAGCGAGCUGUUGCCGUACCAGGUUUCACGGAGAAUGGGAGGGUUGAUCCUUUGACUAUUAGUGUAUAUACGCUUAAGGAGUUAAUAUUGAGGGAGUGGAGAGAUGAGUGGGAGAUGAAACCUAGUAGUCCGAGUAGUAUUCGGUUGAUAUUUUUUGGGAGGUUGUUGGAUGAUAAGAGUGCGUUGAAAGGUGAGUUUUGA